AUGCCUCUUCGAGGUGAUUCGCAACUGACUUCGCUGGCCAACGAUUUGGACGGAUUUCAAAUACACAGUUCCGGAUCAAAGGCUGGCAUGAGGCCGGAGCUGAGGGCCUUGCCUGAUCACUCGAAGCUGUCCAUGUCAUCUAAACGAUUAUCGUUAAACGUGCCUUUAGAUCCGCAAUUCAGCUCCAAAAUUCCCACGCGCUCGCCCUCAACAAAGUCUCUCAAACUGAUAGAUCCUCCGCACGCAGAUAACUCAAGGCUCCCUGUUGCCAAAAGAUACUAUAGCGACUCCAGACACACCGAUAGCAAACCGUUCGUGAAUCCUCCCUCUGGAAUACCGGCUUCAAGGUCCAUGCACCAUAUCAGCUCGCACGCGGUGUCUGCUCCAUCCUAUUUAAGUCCUACAACGUCCUCGUUGAACAAAUCGAGAUACGAGAAGGAGAACGUUCCGCUGCAAAGAAGACAGAGCCUGAAACAGCCUCCAGCAAGAGGAAUGGUCUCGUCGUCCAGUGUUGCUGAUCUCAAAAUCCUGAAAAAGGGAGAUAGAAAGCCAGGGACAGAUCGUCUUAAUAUUCCUCCUGCCCAUCGAAUUUCGUCCAUUUCCUCAAAUAGGCCGCGACGCAGACCUGUCUAUUCGGAAGAGGAGCUGUAUAAGCUUAUGGAGACCAGCUCGAAAACGGCCAAUCAAUUCCGCCAAUUUUUGCAUUACUCCGUUCAAGGUUGCCAUGAGAAGCCACCACUUAGUCCACAUGAUUUGGCGAGUUCAGAUCCUAGCAUGUACCAGCAGCUGACCGUGUAUGAACGAGGUGAAAUACUGAGGAAGAGAGAAAUAUAUUUUACGGGAGAGAGAAGCGUGAAGGCACGAGUUGACAGCCAAAACUACAGCUGCAAUUUUGGAUUCGACGACAAGAACAAGAACUACAGAUGUGUUGCUGGAGACCAUAUCAAUUACCGAUACGAAAUUCUGGCUAAACUUGGCAAAGGAUCCUUUGGCUCUGUAAUAUGUGCCAAGGACCACAAGACACAGCAGCUCGUGGCUAUCAAAAUAGUGAAAAACGAAAUGGACUGGUCUGUCCAGGCUAUGAGUGAGAUCAAGUGCAUGAAAAGCCUCAGCGAAUGCUCGCCCAACAUAGUUCAGUAUUUUGAGCAUUUUCAUUUUAGAUCGCAUAUUUGCAUUGUCACAGAACUGCUUCUUAUCAAUCUCUAUGAGCUCAUUGAAAUCUCAGGGUUCAGAGGAUUGAGCAUGGGAUUGCUGAAGAAGUUCGGAAGAAACACCUUACGCGGGUUGCAAUUCAUCCACCAGCAAAACCUCAUUCAUUGCGACAUGAAGCCAGAAAACUUAAUGCUGGCUUACAAUCAUCAACUUGGAUUCCACGUGAAAGUGAUAGACUUUGGGUCUUCUUGCGAGCAGGACCGCCCCACUUUCUCCUACUUGCAGUCGAGAUUCUACAGAGCACCCGAAGUGUGCCUCGGAGCCAGGUAUAACCACAAGAUCGAUAUAUGGUCUUUUGGAGCAAUCAUGGCUGAGCUAUAUACGGGAACUCCGCUCUUUUAUGCCAAAGAUGAGUAUGAGCUUCUUGACUUCUUUGUCUCCUACUUUGGUACUCCUCCCAGAAGUUACAUUCUUGAGCUCCGCACACAACUACUGAGGGAAGGGCCGAUCAUCAACCUAAACAGACCAUCGACAAAUUCUGUCAAUUUCCGCGCACUGUUAUGGAGAGCGUUCAACGAUGACGGAUCGCUCAAUUCAUCAUAUCUGCAUUCAAAGAGAAAUGGUUGCAAGUUCAAGCCAUCUUCUUCCAGCCUGUCUCGGCAUCUCGCUCGCUAUUGCAGCGAGCCUGGCACGAGUUUCGAGCACUUUGUGGAGAUGCUCAAUGGCUGCUUCACGUGGUCGCACCACCGGAGACUUGACUGCGAUAAGCUUCUUUCCAUGCAUUUUUAUCAAUAA